AUGGCUCCCCGCUCCCAACUUGAGAUUGUUACCUCUUCGGUCACCCGCUUGGUGAAGGAGGAGGCUUCCUACCAUCGUGAACUGGAGCAGCAGAUUGAGCGGAUCAAGAAGCUCGAGUCCAGCCCAGAUGACGGCGAUGAGAACAAAGAGUUCCUUGUCAGGCAGGAGAAGUCGGCUCUGGAGGAGACAAGAAAUGUUCUGCCCACCUUGAAGCAAAAGAUUGUGCAGGCCGUGAAGGAGUUGGAGGCUCUGAUCAUCGAGGAGGGCCACAAGGGUGCCGAGAGUAACGUUGCGCACAUCACUAAUGCUAAGGACGCCAUUGCUAAGGCCAAGACGGCCGAGCGCGAGAUCUCGUAA